UCUUCAACUUGGCGUUCCUCAUCACAUCUCUCUCUCUCCAACCUCCACUACAUCUCCACCUCUCUUCUUCACUACGAUACAAGUUGAGAACCAAGCAGAAAUGGACAAACCAACCCAACACCCCGCCACCUCGGCCCCGACCAAUGUCCCGACACCGGACCCGAACCCAUCAGACAACUACAUGGCCUCCGGCCCGCCUCCAGAAUACCAACAACACCAACACCAACACAUCAACCAGCAACCCACCGGCACCUCGAUGCCAAAAUACGGUGGCCCUUCUCCCAGUAGCCCGCCACCCCAAAACUACGGAGGUUACGCCCCUCCGCAAAGCUACCCCCUCCAAGGCGGACCCCAAAACUUCCAGCCCUACGGCACCCCGCUGCCCUCCCUGGGCCCCCACCCGGCGCCGGUCGAGUGUCCUGAGUGUCACGCCCGCGGCGUCACGGCGGUGGAGUAUACGUCGGGCGGUUUCACGCACUCGUUGGCUGCGAUCGUGUGCUUUGUGAGCUGUUUGGGGUGCAUACCUUAUCUCUUUUCUUCGUUGAAGGAUGCGAGGCACAAAUGUUCCAAGUGUGGCAUUCCUUUGGCUACAUACCACCGCAGCGGUAGGACCGAAGUCCAUUGGCACCAGGCUUAUAAUGCCUAGGUGCCUGGGCAAAGCCGUA